AUGAGUUCGACAGAAAUCCGCGCGUGCGCCAAAGGGCUCCCCAAUGACCCGGUAUUCACAAAUCUCGUCUACCGUGCCACGAGCGCAAACAAGGUCAUAAUUCGCGAUCCCCUCCAGAACAUCGAGGCCGACUAUGCCCAGUUUCUCCGAGACAUCAUCCACGUCCGUCUGGAGAUAUCUGGUAUCUUACCCCCGGAGAUUUUGGACGACCACGGUAUGAUUAAAAAUGACGACGUGUAUAUCCUACUCUUAGCUCCAUCGAGCUACCAGUACCUUGUGGCACUUUUCGCCAUACUGGCUAUUGGCGGGGCGGCUGUUUUAUUGCCGCCUGAUAUUCUCCCGGAAGAAAUCGCAACCCUAGCCUCUAAAUGCAACCCACGCGCAGUUGCGUUUACACCGGAACAUCAAGUGCUCGCCAAAGAGCUCCGUCACCACGCAAAGGAAAUGUUCGGCCUGGAGAUUCUUCCCAUCCCCGUGACGUUGGGAGAAGGUGGCAAUAACGAUAGCUUCAACCGUAUGACAGUCGAAAGCAGCACCCGUUUCCCUGCCGAGCGCCCUGCACUGGUCCAAUUCACGUCUGGUUCAACUGGUUCUCCAAAGGGUGUUGUCCACCCCCGGAAAUUCUUCUACCACCUGGUUGAAGUCUACUUCGGCUGCCCAAUGAAUGAGGCCAAUGGUCUGCAACAUAUCCUAGGUCCUGAUGCAGUCUAUCUCUCUUACCGAGCGUUCCAUUGGGGGGGCGGUAUCAGAAACGCAAUGGCGGCGAUUUUGGCUGGCGUUUGCACCGAGAUCUAUAACCAUGAUGCUACUGCGUUGGGGGUCUGGGAACGACUAAAAAGGGGGGACGUCAGAUUUUUCAUUGGCUGGGCUUCGAUGUGGACGUGGAUGAAGCGGGUUUAUGAGAAUGACCUUGCUGUCCUACCACAGGCAGAGGUAGAGGAGUACUUAAAUGGUGCCAGGGGGCUGCGGUUGGCAAAGUCGGAUUCGAACCUGCUCAUGCCUUCCGUACAGAGGUUCUGGAGUAACCUAGGUGUGUCCAUUGGAGUUAAUUAUGCGGCUACAGAGACGAGUAUCAGUAUUGGAAAAUCCUGUCUAUCUGAUGACGGGUCCGAUGACAGAAGUAUAGGAGUUCCCCUGAACGGAGUGUCCAUCAAGCUCUCAGAAGGGGACCAUGGCGAGAUUCGUGUGAAAACACCGCUUAUAUUUUCUCAAUACAUCGGGGAACCCGAGGCAACACUCGACGUGUUCGACGAGGAAGGCUAUUACAAGUCUGGUGACCUAGGACGUUUUGACGGCAAGCAGUAUAUCAUCGAUGGCCGCGUAUCACAAGACUUUAUCGUUCUCACAAAGCUCAGAGUUCCCAGAGUGGAUGUUGAAACAAGCCUCAUGGCUCUACCCAAUGUCACUGAAGCCUACGUGAUUGGUGUCCCGGAUUCAGCAACUGUAAAUCGCGUCGCCGCACUAAUCCGUGUCAAAGAAGGGAAAUCUCUUACCCUCGGAACCCUGAGAGCGGAGCUGGCGGCGGUACUCGCGGAACAUAAGCUGCCGAGUCUUCUCCGGCAGUUAGAUGUCGAAACGGAUGUGCCAAAAACGCAUUCGGGGAAAUUUGAUAUGAAAAAGGCCCGUAGCAUGUUUUUCCCCCAGUUAGUGGAGGGAGAUAACGGGAGCCUUCCGUGUGAGGUGGAAGUGUGGGAUUUUAACUAA